AUGGACGAGAAGGAGUCGAACCGGACGUGGGAAUGCCUGAGGCAUGCUAUCCAUCAGAUCCACCAGCACAAUGCCUCCUCACUGUCUUUCGAGGAGCUCUAUCGGAAUGCAUACAACUUGGUCUUGCACAAGUAUGGGGAACUCCUCUACAAUGGCGUUCAGGGGGUGGUGGCCGAGCACCUGAAAGUGGUUGCACAAAGUUGCAUUGAGUGCCCUGAUGAUCGUUUGUUAGACGAACUGAAAAAGCAGUGGGAUGACCACAAGACCACCAUGGUGAUGAUCCGGGAUAUUCUCAUGUACAUGGACAGAAACUUUGUGACCCAGUACAAGAAGGUGCCCGUCUAUGAGAUGGGGCUGAUGAUCUUCCGCGAUAAGGUCUCCGGCCACCCACGAGUGAAGACACACCUCUUGACCUUGCUUCUGGACAACAUCAGUGCUGAGCGUCGAGGGGAGCAGGUAGACCGUAUCCUCCUGAAGCACACCACGAACAUGCUAGUAGAACUUGGUGUGCAAGGCAAAAACGUCUAUCGAGAAUGCUUCGAAGAUCAGUUCCUCGACGCGACCCGCAAGUUCUACCAGGACGAGUCAAAGCAGUACAUCUCGCAGAACCCGUGCUCUGACUACUUGAGAAAGGCGGAGAAGCGGAUUCGUGAGGAGAAAGCUCGUGUAGAGAACUACUUGCAUGAGUCCACCAUGGAGAAGAUCCAGGAACUUUGUGAUGAAGAGUGGAUCUCCGUUCACUACAAGACGUUGAUCCACAUGGAGAACUCUGGGUGCGCGUGGAUGUUCCAGUGCGACAAGAUCCCAGACCUGGAAAGGAUGUAUGUGCUUUUCAGCCGCGUUCCACACACCCUCAAGGAGAUCCAAAAGGUGAUGAUGGAUUGCAUGUGUGAAGCAGGACGGGAGGUGCUGAGUGACCCUGAGAAGGUGAAGGAUCCUGUAUCCUUCAUCACAGCCAUCCUGAGCCUCAAGCAGAAGUUUGACCGAUUCGUCAAGGAGUCCUUUAAGGAAAGCAAGGACUUUCAGCUGGCACUGAAGCAAGCCUUCGAGUCCUUCCUGAAUAAGGACACGCGCACAGCGCAGUACUUGUCGCUCUAUGUGGAUGACCAGUUCCGAAAGGGCUUGAAGGGCAUGUCCAGCGAUGCAGAUGUGGACGUUGCACUAGAGCAGGUCGUCACCGUCUUCCGCUUUUUACAGGACAAGGAUGUAUUUGAAAACUUCUACAAGCAGCACUUGUCACGCCGCCUCCUUACAGGUCGUAGUGUCAGUGAUGAAGCGGAGAGAAGCAUGAUUUCAAAGUUGAAGAGUGAGUGUGGACAUCAAUACACCUCCAAGUUGGAGGGGAUGUUCCAGGACAUGAAGCUGUCGGAGGACAUCAUGAAGCAGUACAAGAACUCAUUUGCGAGUCCAGCUCUUUCGCGCGCCUCCCGCACGCCUGCCAUGUCAUCGGCCUCCUCCUCCAUCGACUUAAAGGUCUCGGUGCUUACCAGCGGCUUCUGGCCAGGCCCUCCAGGAGCGCCCUGCGAUUGGCCACCGGAAGUGCAGGAGUGCUGCACACGAUUUGAAACCUUCUACCUGGCAAAGCACACAGGUCGAAAGCUCUAUUGGCAGCCACAACAUGGCAUGGCGGACCUGAAGGCCCAAAUGCCAAAGUCCAAGCAUGAGCUUAGUGUUUCCACCUACCAAAUGUGCAUCCUCAUGCUCUUCAACCAGCACAGCACGUUGAGCUACAAGGAUCUGCAAGUGCGGACCAACAUCCCGCUCGACGAGCUGAAGCGACAUCUUCUGAGCCUCUACGUCAACCCCAAGGCAAAGAUUCUGGUGAGAAGAGAUUCAGAGAAAGAGAAGAAGGACAUCGAGGACAACGACCAGUUCAUGGUGAACCCCCACUUCGAGAACAAGCUCAUGAGGAUCAAGGUGCCUUUGGUGCUGAAGAGCCCUGACACCGUUUCGGCAGAGGGAGCUUCUGGCGAUGGCGUCGGCAGUGCCGAUGUCCCGGCCACAGUGGAGGAGGAUCGGAAGCACCUGGUGGAGGCGGUUGUGGUGCGCGUCAUGAAGAGUCGCAAGACGCUGGAGCACAACCAGCUUGUCAUGGAGGUGACCCGACAUUUGACCUCCAGGUUCCAGCCAUCACCGACCCUCAUUAAACAGCGCAUCGAGAAGCUCAUCGAACGAGAGUGCGCCGUCGUGACUCACCGGGUGACGACCCAGGACUCACUCCGUAUGACCCAUUUGAGGGGCCCAGAUCGACAUGCAGGUACCUUGAACGAUCGCAAACAGACAGGAAGCAUUCGUCAGUUUCGCUCGGGUGAUCCCAUGGAUGAAAAGGAGUCAAACCGGACGUGGGAAUGCCUCCGGCAUGCCAUUCAUCAGAUUCACCAGCACAAUGCCUCUUCGCUCUCCUUCGAGGAGCUCUAUCGGAAUGCGUACAACUUGGUGUUGCACAAGUACGGCGAGCUUCUCUACAACGGUGUCCAGGGAGUGGUGGCGGAUCAUCUGAAGAUCGUGGCACAAAGCUGCAUCGAGUGUCCAGAUGAUCGGCUCUUGGAAGAGUUGAAAAAGCAGUGGGAUGACCACAAGACCACUAUGGUCAUGAUCAGGGACAUCCUCAUGUACAUGGACAGGAACUUUGUGACUCAGUACAAGAAGGUUCCUGUCUACGAGAUGGGGCUGAUGAUCUUCAGGGAGAAGGUCUCUGGCCAUCCGCGGGUGAAGACACACCUCCUCACCUUGAUGUUGGACAACAUCAGUGCUGAACGCCGGGGCGAGCAGGUGGACCGGAUCCUGCUGAAGCACACGGUGAACAUGUUGGUGGAGCUUGGGGUGCAGGGGAAAAAUGUGUACAGAGAGUGUUUUGAAGACCACUUUCUGGACCACACCAGGAAGUUCUACCAGGAUGAGUCCAAGCAAUACAUCUCCCAGAACCCUUGCUCCGACUACCUGAAGAAGGCAGAAAAGCGAAUUCGCGAAGAGAAAGCACGAGUGGAGAACUAUUUGCACGAAUCCACGAUGGAGAAGAUCCAGGAGCUGUGUGAUGAAGAGUGGAUACAGGUCCAUUACAAGACCUUGAUCCACAUGGAGAACUCUGGGUGCGCAUGGAUGUUCCAGUGUGACAAGAUUGCAGACCUGGAGAGGAUGUACUUGCUCUUCAGCAGAGUACCUGUGACCUUGAAGGAGGUACAGAAAGUCAUGAUGGAUUGUAUGUGUGAAGCAGGACGGGAUGUACUGAACGAUCCGGAGAAGGUCAAGGAUCCCGUGUCCUUCAUCACGGCCAUCCUGAGCCUCAAGUACAAGUACGACAGAUUUGUCAAAGAGUCCUUCAAAGAGAGCAAGGACUUUCAGUUGGCAUUGAAGCAAGCUUUUGAGUCCUUCCUGAACAAGGACACCCGCACUGCACAGUACUUGUCUCUCUAUGUGGAUGACCAGUUCCGCAAAGGGCUGAAGGGCAUGUCCAGUGAUGCUGACGUGGAUACAGCACUGGAGCAGGUGGUCACCGUCUUCCGGUUCUUACAAGACAAGGAUGUCUUCGAGAACUUCUACAAGCAGCACUUGUCCAAGCGGCUUCUCACAGGUCGAAGUGUCAGUGACGAAGCUGAAAGAAGUAUGAUCUCCAAGUUGAAGAGCGAGUGUGGACAUCAGUACACCUCCAAGUUGGAGGGCAUGCCCAGUACAAGAACUCAUUUGCGAGUCCUUCUCUCUCGCCGGACGCCCAAGCUGAGCUGCAUGCGCCACAUUUUGCCAAGCCAUUCGUGCACCAUGUCCGGACAUGCACGGAUCUGGGCAGGGGUGGGAUCCGCCGUGUCGUCGGCCUCAUCCUCCAUCGACAUGAAGGCGCCGGUGGGUGGCAAGGCCUCCUACAUCGAUAGUCGCAAGCUUACCUGGCAGCCGCAGUAUGGGGCAGCUGACCUCAAGGUCUCAACGUAUCAGAUGUGCAUUUUGAUGCUCUUCAACCAGCAGCCCACAUGGACCUACCAGGAUAUUCGCUUGCGAACCAACAUCCCUGUAGAGCCUGUGGAUGAGUUGAAGAGGCACCUUCAGAGCCUCUACGUGAACCCGAAGGCAAAGAUCCUCGUGAAACUGGGAGAUGGUGAGAAGAAGGAGCCUGAGGAGAACGACCAGUUUAUGGUGAACCCCCAGUUUGAGAGCAAGCUCUUGAGGAUCAAAGUGCCAAGCUGA